GAUUAAAUUAUCCAUGUAAAGUUUCAGCAUUGUGCUUGAACUGGUCAGUCUCGUCAUCGUAGCUCUCUGGUCAUGGUUAUAGCCAGAGGUUUUUUAUUCUGUUGCCGGGGGAUCAGUCGAUGUGUCUUCAGUAUGAGAGCAAGAGAGUUCAAGAGGAUAUUGUUCCUUUUGGGCGUGAUGGUGCUCGUCUUCUACGUGGGCAUGUUGACGGGGACACAUGAGGAUACGACGGGUGCUGACAAAGAGCUGAAAGCACUGCUCAAGAUCAGACAACUGUCAGACACCAAGAGCAACACCAGCAACCUCUUCGAUAAACUCAAAGCGUUUGAGCAAAAGCAAGACACCAUGCAGAAAAUGCCUAAAGAGGACCGAGACGGAAAAGCUGCAGAGGUCAGACAGCCACCCGUCAAAAAGCAGCCAGAGCAACCCGAAGCAAAGAUUCAGGAGCAACAGAAGGACCCCAAAGAGAAAAAGCCCCAAAAACUGUUCCCAGACUCGUCCCUCUUCAAGAAGUGGGGGGAGGAUCUGUCUGAGGACGACCAACGAGAGGCCCAGGCUCUGUAUGUGAAGUACGGAUACAACGUGUUCCUCAGUGAUCGCCUCCCUAUAGACCGAGCCCUCCCCGACACCAGGGAUAAGAGGUGUCUUAAAAAAAAUUACCCGAAGGACCUGCCAACUGUUGGAGUGGUGUUGAUCUACCUGAACGAGGCUUUGUCUGUGGUCAAAAGAGCUAUGCGCAGCCUCAUCGACCGCACCCCGAAAAACCUCCUGAAGGAAAUCAUACUGGUGGAUGACCACAGCUCCCAUGACGACUUGAAGGAGGACCUUGACGCGUACGUGAAGAUGAUCGAGAAGCAGAACCCAAAUCUCCGCAUUGCCAGAGUGUGGCACAGCGAGCAGCGAGGCCUGGCGACGGCCAGGGUGUCUGGAUGGAAGGCGGCCACCGCUGACGUGGUGGCCAUCCUGGACGUGCACAUUGAAGUCCAUGAGAUGUGGGCCGAACCCCUGCUGACACAGAUCAAAGGUGACCGGACGGUGGUGACGUCCCCCGUGUUUGACAAAGUCAACUUCGAUGACCUCACGGUCACCGAAUACUAUCCAGCAUCCCACGCCUUCGACUGGGCCCUGUGGUGCAUGUACGAGGGGUUUUCAGCCGACUAUUACAAACUCCAAGACAGCUCAUUGCCUGGAAAAAGUCCAUCCAUCAUGGGGAUCCUAGUUGCUGACAGGAAGUAUCUCGGAGAAAUCGGAGUCCUCGAUGAAGGCAUGAAUGUGUACGGUGGAGAAAAUGUUGAGCUGGGAAUUCGUGUGUGGACAUGUGGGGGCAGUAUCGAGGUGGUUCCAUGCUCCAAGAUCGCCCACAUCGAGAGGGCCCACAAGCCCUACAUGCUCGACCUGAGCGGGCCCAUGAAGAGAAACGCGCUGAGGGUAGCCGAGAUCUGGAUGGACGAAUACAAACACAACAUCAACUUGGCUUGGAACUUGCCGUUCGAGAAUCACGGUAUUGACAUCGGGGAUGUCUCGGAGAGGAAAAGCCUGAGGAAAAGGUUGAAAUGUAAACCUUUCAAAUGGUACCUGGACAAUGUGUAUCCUAAACUGGAUCCCUGGGACAACAUACUUGCUUAUGGAGGAUUGAAGAAUGUUGCCGCCAACAUGUGCGUAGACCAAGGCCCAGUACCAGGUAACACGCCCAUCGCCUACGGCUGCCACUACUACGGACCUCAAUUGACCUAUUAUCGCUCUAACGGCGAGCUUUAUAUCGGCGGCCUCAAGUCCCAUCGGUACAAUGACAACCGGUGUAUCUGUGACGUCGGGAAAAAUGAUACACAGCCCGGCCUUUACUACUGCAAAGAGGCGGUGAAAAAUGGAAUGGGGAUUCACUGGGACUUCAUCCAGGGCAAAGAAAUUAAGAACAGAGAGACUAGAAGAUGUCUGGAGAUUCAUAACGGCAAACUUCUGACACGGGAAUGCUCCGGCCAAAGAUGGGAAAUCCAGAACAUAAUCACGCCGUUUUAAGUGUGUGUGUGUGUGUGUGUGUGGGGCCAACAAUAAGUGCACUCAUAAGUCAGUGGGUAUUAUAAAAAAUGUAAAUGCAAAAAAUAUUUUAAAAGGUCAGUGAAAUUAGACCACCGCUAUGAUGCCUGAAAUUAUUUAAAGCUUCUCUAUUGUGUUGACAAUACUAAACUCAAGCGAUGUUAAACUUCUUAUUGGAUCAGUCGAGCUUUAAAGAGCAAUUGGUGUUCAAAGCUCAGCGUAAAAACAGUUAUUAUCCCUUCAUGUCUGAAGAUCAAAAUGCGUGGCGGGUUAAAUGAGUGUCUGUUGUUCCGACUGUCUGAUCGGAUCAAAUGAAAACCGUCUCUAAGUAUUGUUUGGACCAGAGCUCGACCUCAGGCUGCUUAUGAAGGACACGCCGUUACGCCUAAUACCUUUUCCCUCCCUCUUUCCAUUCAGGGACACCAAAUAUAUUCUAUUCAAGCAUAAAAGUUAAAGGUAAUGGGUUGUACGUAUUAAAACAUAGGGCAACACAAGAGAGAAGAGUUUAAGGUGAAGACUAUGAGUUAGAUGCAUCAUUGCUAUGAUGAAAUGUGACUAAGGGUUGCUACAUCUGGAAGCAUUUCUAUGCAGUAUUGUUGGUAUAUCAUGUUUUAAAGUAUAAUGUAAUUGGGUUUUUUUGUAAUAUAUUUAUACCGUACUUACCACUGUGCGUUGUCAUCCGCUACAGAAGUAUCCUCUAUGCAGAAAAAGCCACACAAAUCAUACACGGUAGAGGAAAAUAAAUGUAAUAAAGACCAAUGGAGGUAUAAGAGUGUGUUAAGAAAAAGAUGGAUGGGCUCAUCGAUGAGUAAACAUCGUGGAGUUCAUCAGUCGACGUGGAGCAAGACGAGUUUGAAAUUGGAACCUUUAAAAAAAUGUUUUGUUUUGUUGUGCUCAGACAAAGGGGAAUGUUUUCAAUAUGUUCACAUGUUGAUCAUUCUUUCUUUUUUUUAUCAUUUGGAAAUAAACAUGAUUUAUAAAACUGGGGGUUUAAAAAAAAUGUGUUUUAAAUGUAAAGCUCUAUCCUAUCAUCUCUAAAUGCUGCAUAUGGUCAUCUAAAGCUGUAUUGGUCUAUUUCGUCUUCCUGAAACCUGAGUCAUGAAGAAUAUGUCAGCCAAAUGAAUAAACUCCUCCAAAUCAUAUUAAAACUCACAUUCCUCGAGGCAACGGCCUAAAUUAAACUACAACUCUU